UCAUUGGCCAGUCCACUUGGGGCUCCUGCAGUUUUCCUGGGAUAUUGUGAUGAGCCCUUUUCGACUUCAGCUGUUUAGAGCGGUGGAGUUGAAUUACAGUUACUGUAUACAAAUGUUUCUUUGUAAUCUCCAGAGCCUUUUGUACUGGAUGUUUACCCUAUAACCUGGUUAGUUAUGAGUGUUCAGUUUGACUUCAGGGCGUUGAUGCUUUUAUGUUUACCUUGGGAAGAAUGCGAACGUGUGCGAGUGAGAAAGCGGCUGUGUGAAGAGAAGGAGCAACUCGAAACAGCCUGGUUUGGACAGCGGCGCGGAGCCUCGCCUCUCAGUCUCGCUGCUGCCUGCUCACAGUCAGUUUGAGUGUGUCUUGGAGAGAUGUCUUACGGAGCAAACCAGAGCCUGGAAUCUUACUGCGACUCCAGCCCACCCAGAGCCGCGGAUAUUUUAAAAAAUUUAAGUGUGCCUGCUAUCAUUCUGUACAGUGUUCUCACUCUAAUGACUUUAAUUGCAAAUCUGGUGUAUUUUGAGGAAGUUAUCUACCUACUAAGGAACGUCCCUGCCACAAACAGGAGAGCGACUAUUAUGUGGGUCAGCGGAGUUUCAUCUGUGGUGGCAACUACAUCUUGUGUUGGGAUGUGGAUUCCUCUAGCAUCAAUGAUCACAGAUUUGACAACAGCAGCGUAUUUUGCAAUUGCAUUCUACAAGUUCCAGGAGAUGAUGAUAGAAGAAUUUGGUGGAGAUGAGGCCUUCUUGAUGCAUUUUGAAAAUACACCGAUGACGUUCAGUACAGGACCCUGCUGUUGUUGCUGUCCAUGUUUACCAACUGCAAAAACUUCAAGGCGCCUGAUGUUCAUACUGAAAUUGGGAACAUUUCAGUUUGCUUUCUUACAGCCAGUCCUAAUGAUCUUCACAUUAGUCCUUUGGGUUAAUGGGACGUUCAUCCCAGAUGAUUUUUCUCCUAGUGGACCUGCAUUAUGGAUUAAUAUUUCCCUUGGUGUCUCCACAGUGUUUGCACUGUGGCCACUUUCAAUUGUAUUUUACAAAGUCAAAGGUGAACUUAAAAAUCAGAAGAUAAUGCCCAAGUUCCUCCUUUUUAAGAUUUCAUUCAUUCUUGAUCAGCUGCAAGGUGUAAUUAUCAAUGCAACAGUAUCAGCAGGUGGCAUAGCCUGUGCACCUCCGUUUUCACCUGCAGCCAGAGGAGCAUACAUGAAUCAGCAGCUUCUCAUAAUGGAAAUGUUUCUUAUCACUGUAUUAUCACAAAUCUACUACAGGAGGAAAUACAAUGUAUAAAAAAAUGGAUGAAAUGCAGCCUGCAGUAAAAGCACAAAAUGGUCAAAACCACGUUAAUGGUACCAUAACAGAAGGUGAAAGCUCAAAUGUGUAAGGUAAUAAUAAAACACCUUCCUCAUGACAAGGAUUCAUGUUACGUCAUCAGUUAUUUCUCAGCACUUGUUUAGGCCUUUUCCAAUUACUACCCUGUCAACCUAAUAGCUCCAAUAUAUUUGUUUUGAUGCUCAGCAAUAUUAACACUUACAAGAACAAGGGGGAUCAACCGAGGGUUUUGUGUCCACAAGUGACCUUUUAGAGUCAUUCUUGGCUGCUGUGUGGUGAUACCAGUGAGCGUUGUGAACAGGAAAGGAGGGAAGGGAAAUGACCCAGCGAUCUGAGCCAUGGCCAAACUGGCAGUAUUUGUGGGAAUGUUUUAGAUUUAGUAGGGUUUGGGGAAGAGAUGUUUCACUGGGGUGAUGGCAAGCCUCCUUUAAUAAUUGUGCUCCUUUGCUGCAGUUAUCUGGGAGUUUAGAACAUGCCAGAUGAUUCCAACAAUGGAUUGGACAUGGUUCUCAAAGCUGUAGAAAUGAGCAUGUUAAUUUCUCAGCAGGUUCACUCACAUAGUGCGUGCGGAUGAGUUAUGGCUGAUUCCCUGGUUAGGUGCUGCCAGUAAGAUGCAGUGUUUGUGAAUUGCAUUGGACAGGAAAUUAGAAGUCUGUAGCCUAGAUUUUUGGUUUAUUAAUUCAAGUGGAUGGAAGAUCUGGGCCAUGGGCCUGUAUUUUCCUGAUCAGCAUUCCUUAUGAAUACAAUUUCUUCAAUAGAUCACUGCUUCAGGGGGUCCCUCCAACUGAAAGGUAAAUGCAGGGCUAAAUAACUCACAGCUGGGCCGAAACUCAGGAUGCUACUUGACUCUUAUACAGGCUUCUAGCUUUGGAAAAUGAAUUGAGAUCAUUGUUUAUCUUUACAGAGUAUCAUACUGAAGGCGAAACAUACUUGGUGAUUAUUAAUGUGCAUUCACCCAAUUCAGUGUGUGAAAAAUGUCUCAACUUUGGUAACUAACUGUAGGAGUCCAAACUUAACACAUUCCAGAAGUUAAGAAAAUAUUUGUCAAACUGUAAAUUUUUCCUCAAAAAGCACAAGAUUCAUUAUAUUUUUGUUCAAGGACCACAUUUUUUUUCUGAGGUUCUCUUGUGGAAUUUCAAAAUCAGUAGUCCCCCGGGGCUGGAUAAUACAUUCUUCCACUGGCUUGUUUGAGAGCAGAGAAGCACGUAACAUUUAGCAGGUAUUGUACUCCUCAUCCAAAAGCCAGCCCUUUCCCCUCCCGGAACCAGAUGGGGAACAGGGACCCAUCAAGUGGUCCACCCACAUUUGCACCUUUGACACCCUUAAGAGUCCAAUUAAUGACCACUUAAGGCACCUAAACCCAGAGGGGAGAGGCUAAUACCAGUCAGGAAACCUGGCCACUUUAGUUGUGUGCGUCGGUGUUGCGCAGGGCAGGCAUGGGGUUAGGUGGUGGGGAGAAGCCUCCGCAGGCACCCUGUGCCAAACAAAGGCCUACCCGUCCACCCCCCAAGUCAAUCCUCACAUCUCACUCGGCGUCUUGAAUGUGGUCACUCAUAGUCCCUCUGCCUUAAUACUGCCCCCACCUAGCUAAGGUCCUGCCAACAUGACCUGGCAAUGCCUUGGACAUAACUAUCAGUCAAGGCUCCUUGAUGUGGUGGGCUUCCUAUAGUCCUGGUGGCACUGCUGGGAGUUUCUGCCAUCGAAUUGGCCAGUAACUGUCUAACAUGUGACUUCCUCCUGAGACAGAUAGAUGAAAGUCCACUUUCCAAACGCAAUACUGUUCACACUGUAAGAUGGAUGGGCAACAACUGUUAGGGUUCUGGCAGAGUGAGAGAAGACCCAGGACUUGGGUAACCUGUUAGAGGCUUACCAAGAUCUGAAUUUUAGUUUUUAAGAGAUGGCACCAAAAGAAGCUUUUAUAAAUUAAUUAGACAAAUUCCUAAGACCUGCAAAAUAGCAUGGAGGAAGAAGCAAAUUCCAUGAAAAGCUAGUUUACUUCAUUACAUGAAAAUGCUAUAAUUGUCAUUGAGCUAUACAUUGAAAACAUUUUAUACAAUGUGCAUACAGUGAGAGACUGAUAAUUUGUAUAUUAAAGCUAACUGUAAAUUAGAUCUUUUUGUACAAAAAUUGAAUGUUAAUUUAAACCACUUCAUAGUGCAGUAUCUUGGCAUGGGAACCAGCAUUAUCAGAAAUUAUUAAGUCUUUAUCCCAUCAUCACAAGCAUCACAAGUUUUACAGAACUAAUUGUUGAAGCCUGAUGCAAAAUAAAUGUGCACAGUUUCACUAUAUUAUGUCUUCACAGUUAUAUACUGUAAUGAUCCCCAGAAAAACAGAAAUGGUAUUUAAAUUAACAUGUUUGCAGAAUUGUUUUGCAAAUUUAAAUGGAAGAUACUGACUAUGGCAGCAUAUGAAAAACAAGUGCAAACAGUAUGUGAAUGAAGUGUUAAGUGAUCCACUGUUUGAUACUUAUUAUUUCGACACAUCUCUUAUCCAUGUGUCGUUAACUUAUAUGUACAACAUUAAUUUUGUGCCUUUUUAAUAAACUAAAACCAAUUCAUUUUAA